AUGGCAUAUCAUCACAAGUCUGGGUAUCAAAAAGCUAAAGACCGUGAAGAUAAAAAGAAACGUGAGGAAGCGGUCAUUUCAAAAACUGUUAAAAUAACUGAGCUUUUUCCUACGAUUAGUGUCAAUGUCAAUAGAGAAGACCCACCAUCGAAUUCACCUUUACCAUGUGUUGGUCAGUGUGGUUUGCCUGGUCAAUUUGGUCAUGAAUUUGAACGUGAUAACAGUGUUGCAGCUGUAUGCACUCAGUCUAUCUCUCACUCUGAAUCUGAUGAUAUGGUAGACGCGGAGACACUUGCUCAGAAACCAGAAGCACAAGCUGGUUCCAAAGGUGAUCACAAUUCCUUUUCCACUGACAUUGGGCAAUGGUCUGAAGUGGAAAUCAAUGAUACAUUCUGUAACUUUUGGGUAACUCGUGGCAGUGAAUGUUGUCAACAUUCAAAUGCUGACUUCACUAGUUUAAUGCAAAUUGAUGGAAGCGCUACUGCUCACAGAAUCUCUUUUAUCGUGUUCAUUCUCGCAAUGGUGAGAAAGUCACAAGGUCAUGGUUGUGUUAUUCACCAGCAACAUCUCGCAUUUACUGCUUUGAAUGGUUUUUGUGAUUGGAAAAAUGCAGCUUCACGAAUACAGUCACAUAAAAACAGCAUUGCACAUAGAAAUGCAACAAUCACAUUCAGCCAAAGAGUACAAGUCAGAGGAUGUGUAGAUUCAGUUGAGCAAUACAGACAGGAAUGUGCAUAUGCAAAGUCUGUGCUAGAAAGAGUUGUCUCAGUUAUCAAACUCUUUGCUGAAAGAGGGCUCGCAUUUAGAGGACAUACUGAAAUAUUGGGGUCAAGUUCUAAUGGCAAUUUUUUGGGAAUUUUGGAGUUGAUUGCUCAGUUUGAUCCAUUCCUCUCCAGUCAUAUUGACAACCAUGGUGGUAAGGGGAAAGGCUCUGUUUCAUACCUGUCAUCAACAAUUUGUGAUGAGUUAAUUGAUGUCAUGGGAAAGCAAGUUAUGAAAACAAUAUUGUCUGAAAUACGUGGAGCAAAAUUUUAUUCGAUUUCUGUUGACUCUACUCCAGACAUAUCUCAUGUUGAUAGGCUGUCAUGUGUCUUUCGAUAUGUUUUGAACGAUGGCCCUAUAGAAAGGUUUGUGCAAUUUUUAAGCAUGAAAGGACAUGGGGCAGAAGAUUUGUUUAACAGUUUAUACAGCUUUCUGGAAGAAGCAAAGUUGGAUAUAAAAUAUUGCCGAGGUCAGUCCUACGAUAAUGCUAGCAAUAUGGCAGGAAAAUAUUCAGGGUUACAGGUACGCAUUCGAGAGAAGAACCCAUUGGCUGAAUAUGUGCCAUGUUUUGCACACUCCCUUAAUUUUGUCGGUGCAUCAGCUGUAAACUGCGUGACAACAGUCAGUGGAUUUUUUGAUUUUGUACAAAACUUGUAUGUCUCUUUAAAUGCAUCAACCCAACGGUGGGAGCUUCUAACCAAAGGAUUGGAUAGUAACCAGUUAGUUCUAAAACGCCUUUCUGAUACUCGAUGGUCAGCACAUUCUGCAGCAACUAAAGCAUUGAGCAAAGGCUUUAAAAAUGUUAAGACAGUGUUAGAGAACAUUGCUGAGGACCCCGAGGAGAAGGUUGAAGCUCGCACUACAGCUGCAGGAAUUGCAAAGAAGAUGGAUCAGUUAGAAUAUGGAAUUUUAUUAGAACUCUGGACACCCAUAUUAGAUCGCUUUCAUAAGACCAGUUUAAAACUGCAAAGUCCACAACUUGAUCUAAAUGAGGCUGUUCAACUGUUAACUUCACUAAAAGAAUAUGUAAAUUCACUUCGAGCACAGUUUGAUUUCUUUGAGAAAAAAGGAAAGGAAAUAACAGGGUCAACUUCUUAUAAAGAAGAGAAUCAGAGGAAACGAAAGCGAAGUGUUCAAUUAACCCGUCAUGAUGGAUCAGCUGAUGAAACAGUGUUUUCGGCACAGCAGAAAUUUCGAGUCAUGGUUUUCUUGCCAGUACUUGAUCACUUGAAUUCAGCAUUAUGUAAACGAUCAGAGGCAUACAGUGGUGUAUGUGAUAAGUUUGGUUUUCUGAGAAACAUUCGAUCACUGGAACAGUCUGAUUUGCGAAGAGCCAGUAGAAACUUGAUAGAUACUUAUGUAGAUGGUUUGGAAGAGUCAUUUGAAGAUGAAAUACUUCACUUCAAAGAAUAUUUGUUAGCUGAUACGUACUUGCAACAGAAUGAGAAAGAACUGAAAUGUAGCAUAGAGCUGUAUAUGUAUCGGGCUUUGAGAAACAGCAGUGCACUGCAAGAUAUAUUUCCAAAUGUUGCCACAGCACUUCACAUAUACCUCAGUUUGAUGAUCACCAACUGCAGUGAUGAAAGAUCAUUCUCUGCAUUGAAACGGAUAAAAAACUAUCUGCGAAGUGCUUUGGGUGAUGACAAACUGAAUUCUCUUACUGUUAUGUGUACUGAAUCUGACAUCCUAAGAAGCUGUGACUUUAAUGAAAUUUUAUCGUUGAAUCUUUGUUGA